AUGCAUAAACCCAAAAAAGCACAGGAUAACCUGGCAAGUCCAACUCCAUUAGCUGAGAAUUGGGUGCCAGAUAGUAGUGAUGAGGUUGAGGUCAUGGCUGCUGCAAAACCAAGGGUCUCCAAGGUCUACACUAUAAUGGAGUCCUUCUCAUCCAUCAACAUUCCCAAGGCCUCACAUAGAGAUGUGGAUUGGGUGAAGAAUAUCCAAGACUUGCCAUGGAAGGUCUACACUAUAAUGGAGUUCAACUCCAAUUAUGUGCGUUACCUCUCUUUCAUUGAGGACUAUGCCGACAAGCUUCGAAAAGUGAUCUACCUCCAAGGUUCCCUGCCUGAUGAUUCUAUCACAACUCAACUGCACAUCUGA